UGUAAGCUCGGCGGUGCCAGGCAGCGUGCUGGUGGCUGUGUGCUUGGGGCCGCAUCGUCUGCUGCAACUACCUACGAAACACUGGCCACGGCCACCUUCCGGUUGGACUCUUCUGAACUUAGCAAGUGGAACAAUGCUAUAGAAAAAUAAAAGAUUCCAUGCAAGCGUGGUGCCGCCUUUCUGGCCCCCAGAUCUGGAGACAGAGGGGUGGUUGAAUUCACACCAGCCACAAAAAGAAAAAGGGAGGGCACGCCGAUGUGUUGCCAUGGCUACUUGCGGCCACUCCUCCCCCGGUCCGGUGCACACUUAUCCCACCAGUCCCUGGAGUUAGUGACAGCCGCAGAAAGUGUUCCCCGUAGGAAGGUCCUGUGCCAGCUGCCCUCCCUCUGGGGUGACUGCAGACCCAGUGCCAGGAAGACCUAGGGGCCAGAGGCGCUUAGGGUGGGCUCUGCAGAGAGAACCCCCAACACCCCAGGGAGCUCAGUGUUUCCUAGAGGGAAUUUUAUUUAAAAGUUUCCUGGACGCAGGGCUCUAGGUUGAAGUCCCGCGCUGCACGUUUUGUGUAGCCCUGUGUUGCAGCCCACCACACCAAAUAGCUUUUUUGUGUAGUCACUGUUCAGUAGGGGAAACUUUUUGUUUUUCAGGACAUUGGUGUGCAGGAUGGAGUUCCUCGGGUAAGAGUUAACCCGCACAAAAAGCUAAAUUUCUUUGGGCUUCUGGGUAGGGAUAGAAGUAAAAACACCUGGAUUUCUCAGGCGCAAUCUUCAAGACAAGAGUGUACUCCGUCACACAGGUGUGUGAAGAAAUAAAGAUACCCCACCCACAGUAACUGCCGGGUGCUGUACUUCUGUAGCUUUCCUUACCUCUGUGUCCGUCUGUGCAGAUGGCGGCUCCAGGGGCACUGGCUGGCAUCCACGCGCGUGCAGGCGUGGACGCGUGGAGCUCUGCCUGAGCCGCCCCUUAGCGGCCCUCCGACACACCCUUGUCCCAGUGCACAGCCCGCUGGUUCCAGCCCAGGUCUGUAGAGAGCUGGGCCGUCCGGCCAGGCGCUCCCGAGCUGAAAAUGGGUACAUGUGCAGGAGGCAGAACGAGACAGGGAGGCCUGUUUUUCUUUUGAUCGCUUCUUGAAAACAUUGUUGGUAUAGGAUUCCGAAUGGAGAAAGAUCCUGCCUAACUCUUGUUUUUUUCUCUGUAGGUCUGGUGUGCUCUGAUCAGUUUUUCUGAUCUGAAGAUUUUGGUGUUUAAGGCAUUAAGAUAAUAGCCUGAAUUGUUCAUGGAGUUUUUCAUCAGUAUGUCUGAAACCAUUAAGUACAAUGACGAUGAUCAUAAAACUCUGUUUCUGAAAACGCUAAAUGAACAACGCCUGGAAGGAGAAUUUUGUGAUAUUGCUAUUGUGGUUGAAGAUGUAAAAUUCAGAGCACACAGAUGUGUUCUCGCUGCCUGCAGUACCUACUUUAAAAAGCUUUUCAAGAAGCUUGAGGUGGAUAGUUCUUCAGUAAUAGAAAUAGAUUUUCUCCGUUCUGAUAUAUUUGAAGAAGUUCUGAACUACAUGUACACAGCAAAGAUUUCUGUGAAAAAGGAAGAUGUUAACUUAAUGAUGUCUUCGGGUCAGAUUCUUGGUAUACGAUUUUUGGAUAAACUCUGUUCUCAGAAGCGUGAUGUGUCUAGUCCCGAUGAAAGUAAUGGUCAGUCCAAAAGUAAGUAUUGCCUCAAAAUAAAUCGCCCCAUUGGAGACACCACGGACACUCAGGAUGAUGAUGUGGAAGAAAUUGGGGAUCAGGAUGACAGCCCUUCCGAUGACACAGUAGAGGGUACCCCCCCAAGUCAGGAGGACGGCAAGUCACCCACCACCACGCUCAGGGUGCAGGAGGCGAUUUUGAAAGAACUAGGGAGUGAGGAGGUUCGGAAAGUCAAUUGCUACGGCCAGGAAGUAGAGUCCAUGGAGACCCCGGAGUCCAAAGAUUUGGGGUCCCAGACCCCUCAAGCCUUAACAUUUAACGAUGGCAUGAGCGAGGUGAAAGAUGAACAGACCCCGGGCUGGACCACAGCCACAAGUGACAUGAAGUUUGAGUACUUGCUGUAUGGCCACCACCGGGAGCAGAUUGCCUGCCAGGCCUGCGGAAAGACCUUCUCCGAUGAGGGCCGCCUGCGGAAGCACGAGAAGCUGCACACGGCGGACCGGCCGUUCGUGUGCGAGAUGUGCACGAAGGGCUUCACCACGCAGGCCCACCUGAAGGAACACCUGAAAAUCCACACGGGCUACAAGCCCUACAGCUGUGAGGUGUGCGGCAAGUCCUUCAUCCGCGCCCCAGACUUGAAGAAGCACGAGAGGGUGCACAGCAAUGAGCGGCCCUUUGCGUGCCACAUGUGUGACAAAGCCUUCAAGCACAAGUCCCACCUCAAGGACCAUGAGAGGCGGCACCGAGGGGAGAAGCCCUUCGUGUGCGGCUCCUGCACCAAGGCCUUCGCCAAGGCCUCGGAUCUGAAGCGGCACGAGAACAAUAUGCACAGCGAGAGGAAGCAGGUCACCCCCAGCGCCAUGCAGAGCGAGACGGAACAGCUGCAGGCGGCUGCCAUGGCCGCAGAGGCCGAGCAGCAGCUGGAAACCAUUGCCUGCAGCUAGGGGACCCAGAAGUGGAGGCAAAAGGCUGGUGGCACUGCUUUCUGCUUUCCUGGAACCAUGUGCAGCAUCGCACAGCAGGGUUGGAGGCAGUGUUGGUUACGUAUCUUUGCAACUUGUCAAGGAAACGUCCUUCCUAAGUUGUGGCCAAACAGUGGCACUGUCCUGUCCGAUGUCUAUUCUUGUUGCCAGGAAGCUCCUCUUCCCCCUUUGAUGAUUUUAAUUUGAGAACUGUGUCCAGUUUAGAAGUGAGGGACUUCCGUUUUUAAUUCCUCUGCACUCACCGCGCCGAUGAGUGCACUGCACAGAGUAAUAAUUGAAUCACUUGAUUUCCUGAUUGUUGCAAUUACAUGGGACUUAUGGUCAAAACAACAGUUUUAAUAAUUUAAUAAAUGCACUCCUUACAGACGCAGAA